AUGGAAACAAAUCUGAUUUUUAUAGACCUUGAUGUCUGGAAUAUAUUUUGUAGCAAGUACACUGUACGUACUAACAUACCUACAAAUCUUGAUGAGAAAAAGCAAUAUGAAAUGAAUGCAAGAGCCAAACAUGCAAUCUUGAAUGCCUUGACUAAAGAUGUCUUUGUUAAAAUCAUGCAUUGUAAAUUGGCUAAUGAGAUUUGGGAAAAACUUGAAAACAUCUAUCAAGGAAAUGAAAAAGUUAAACAAUCAAAAAUACUUAUGCUCAAAACUCAGUUUGAGGAAAUGAAAAUGAAAGAUGAUGAAAAAGUAGCUGAAUACUUUUCGAGAAUUGAUGAACUUGUUAACGGGAUGAGAGGAUUAGGUCAAGAAGUAGAUGAAUUCACUGUGGUUAAGAAGGCCAUUAGAACCAUAUUGCCUAAAUAUGAAACCAAAGUUUCAGCCCUUGAAGAAAAGAUUUUUUUUAAUAAGCUUACCUUAGAUGAUCUUCAAGGAACAUUGAUAGCCUUUGAAAUGAGAACAAACAAAGUUGACAAUGCUAGUUCAUCAUUGAAAGAGACUACUUUUAAAACAAAGAAGAAAGAGGAUUUGGAUAGUGAAUCAAAAUUGUUUGAUUUUCUUGAGGCUCUGUUAGUGAGAAAACUCAAAAAGAAAUAUAGAAGCAAUCUGUCACUCAAAUAUUUUAACUAUGGAAAGGUUGUUCACUUUGCAACCCAAUGCCCUUUUGCUAAUCAAAACAAUGAUGAUGAUCAGACUAAAAAACAUUAUAAGAAAAAAGUCUUCAGUCCUAAAAACAAAUUUAACUUCAACAAUUUUAAAAUGAAAAAGAGUCUAUUCAGUAAAGAAGACACUGAUGAUGAAUCAUAUGAUUCUUUAGGUGAUGAAGGUGAAACCUUGUUCAUGACUGAAGUUGAUGUGCAAAAAGCUUCAUGCAGUCACCCUGAUAGUCAGAUAAAUAGUCAAUAUGAUCUAGACAAUUUUGAGAUAAACCUUGAAGGUGAAUUGCUUUGUGCUCUUCAAGAAAUAAAAAAAAUUAAGAAACUCAUUGCUUCUCAAGAGAAAAGUUCAAAUAAAUUGAUUGUCCCUUUACAAGAUGAACUAGAUGACUCUAAAAGAGUCAUGGACAAUCUCAAACUUGUUCUUGUUGAUAAAGAAACAUAG